CUACAAUCUGAUUGUUUUUUUUCUCUGAACCAAUCAUUUUUCAUUCUGCCCUCAGAACAAUUUUGUGUAAGUAAAACUCCUACAACCAAAUUAAUAUAUUUAAAUAAAUUCGCCUGCUUCUGGCAGACAAGAUCCUUCCCAGGAGAUGUAGAACUUCUGAGGUAUAGAUGAGUAGCUUAAAAAGGAUCCCACUGUCAUGUACGGCACAACACCCAUCCUUCCUCCAAUACUUACAGUCUUUCUAAAUUGCUUGGCACAUGUCAUGAAACAUACUUAACAAUCUUACGAGCGUAGAAGGUUUUCUCAAAACAGUUCAUGCGUACAGCACAACACUAUGGUUUAGCUGCAAAAGCCUGUAACUUAUCCAAAACAUUUAAUUCAUGUCUCAAAAGCAAAUAAUUCCACCAAUAAAUUAAUAAGUGCCACCGACAUAAAAAGUACAAUCAGUAUCGUUUUAGCCAUGAGAGUCAAAAUGCUUAGAUAUAUUGCCAGCAUGACAGUAUAAGUAUGUUCCUGAUGUCCAAAAUUCUAAAUGAUAGUCAGUUCCCACUUUCUCGUUGUCACUGCCUGAUCAUUCUUCUUUAACAAACUGAUACUUAUUCAUAUCAAAGACAGCAGUUUCAACUUUGCUAAACUAUUACAGUAUAUACACCGUUACAGUUUCUCAAUUGCUAAGAUGCAUUUCCCAAAAUCUUAAUGUCUCUCAAAACUCAAUAAGUCGGCCACUGCUACCAGAAUAGGAAAGUGGUACAAUUAGCCAUAACUGGCACCUGUAGAAUGGGGGGAAGCUCGUUAUUCUUAGAAAUCUUCAAGCAAACUGCCAAAUGUAUGCAGUGAUUUAUACAAUGAGCCAUUGUCAAAUAUGAAUGAGGAAUGUAUGUUUCUACGUGAUAAAAGGAUCAUCUGUUCUGAUUGGUUUAUUAGAGACAAUUGAGAAUUGUGUCUAUGCAAUGAUGCAUGUACUACAUGAUUUGCAAAAUGUGCAAUUGCCACUUAGCACAAACUCAUUAAGCAAUGAAACAGCGCUCUGGCCAAUGUCAUUAAGGUUGCAGAGCUUUGAGGCUGUGUUACAGGAAUGAGGUUAGUGUUUUGAGACGUGCAUUUAAGCAAUCAAGAAAGCACUCACGUAUUUUUCAGAUCUCAAGACACAGUACAACUGCAAAAGUCACACAGCACUAUAACAUAAAAGCAGCAAAACGGCAAUAGAAGAAUAACAAAAUCAUCUAUUAUGGGAACCAAAAGCACAGCAAUGUUGUAUCACUGCAGUUUAUGUAAUAUAUAUUUAAAUCAUUCUGAAAGCUUGGUUGACUGUUUUGCAUGUGGUGACUAACAUAGUGAUCACAUACAUAUAUAGCUUUGGGUGUAAAAUUAAUACAGUGGGAAACUACAUAAUCUACAGUAUUUUGGCCAACAAGACUAAACUAACUGAAAUUUGUGCCUAAUUAUGACAAUUGUACAAAACCAUUUGCAUAUAUGAAUCAAAACAUUUGGAAAAUUAGAGGGUUACACAGGCCAGCCACCGGUAUGAUGCCCUUUGUAUCCUGUCUGUCUAAACAGGUGAGCAGAUCCACUGCCCUAUAAAAUAUCAAUAUUUAAUUCCGAUUUACACCCACAUGCAGAUAUCUUGUUGCAUAACAAUAAAAAAGAUACAUGGCAAAUGUACUUCAAAAUGACACAAGACAAGUGAAAUGUGCAGUACAGCACAAGGCAUGAUGGGUUUUAUGUGUUUGCAGAUCUGAUAUUAGUGUGAAUACAGUCUUCAGUUCCACCAAGUGCCAAUGGCAGCAGCACCGACAGGAGAAGUGGGCGGCAGAACUACAGAGCGAGAAGGACCUCUUCACAUUCUCACUGUCAACGUUAGAGGACUGAAAAGGAAUGGCAAAAAACUUAAAUCUAUAAUCAGUGAGGUUGACAAUGUUUUCCUAGCAGAGACUCACGUGGAAGAUGGAGAUGCUUGGAAAGAUUAUGAGAAGGAUUGGAAAAUAUUCUUCACAUGCUGUGAUCCCAGGUGCAAAGGAUGCUUUAGGUCCAAGUUAAAAAAUGGAACUGCAAUUCUGCUGAAUAAUAAAAGAAACUUCAAAUAUUGUUUACCCGAAAUUGUUGAUGGAAGCGGCCGUUAUGUGAUUGUGAGUUGCUGGAUAUCAGGAAGAUUAUGCACUUUUGUAUGUGUGUAUCACCACAGAAAACAAAAAGGACUUCUCAAAGAACUGUCUGAAAAAAUAAUACCCCCGUACACUGACAUUCUUGUGGUUGGGGGGAACUUCAAAACUGCACUUGAUAAAGUGAAAGACAGAACAAAUAAAAGCAACAACUCUGUUCAUAACAGAAUAAGGAAGGAGCUGAAUCCCUUCUUGGAUGAACAUGAUCUUAUAGAUGCCUGGAGAAAGAAAAACCCUGAUAAAGAAGAGUACACUUAUAAGAAUACUUGGGAGAAAGUCAGGUCAGACUACUUCUUCAUUAAUGCUGACAAAUGGGAGCUGGUCAAAGACUGCAGCAUCAACAAAGAGAAUAUAUCUGGUCAUUGGUCUGUUUCACUCAUCUUUGAUUUGAAAGAUCAAUCCCGAGAACUUAAGAUUUUUUCUUCCACAGUGCAUGACCUGCCAGGAGAUGAAGUCCUUACAGAAUUAUGCUCUGACAUUAUUCUCUUAGCAAAGGGGGAGGCUGAACAUGAAGACUAUAUUAAUAAAAUUAAAGAAGAAGAAGGAAAAACGAAUUGGAUUGUGGUCUGGUCAGAUCACAGUAACGCUGCCAUUCUGGUGACAAAGAGACGAGGGGUCAUGCACAUUUUAUUCACUGUUUAUCAUAAAAAUUAUGUGAUUUUGCACUGCAGAGUCUUAGGCAUGCUUCACACCUUUGUAAGUGCAUGUAAUCCAACUGAAAAUAAUCUGAAGAACAUGUUAAGAGAAAUAUUGAGCAAUCGAUCAGGAAGGAUUGUGAUUGGCGGAGACUUCAGCGCCUCAGAGCCAAGAAUUAUGGAAUUGAUGGAAGAAAAUGAGUUUAAAAAACCUGAGGGUGAAUACAUGAAAUCGCACUACUUAAUUCAUGCUCCGUUGGGCCAAGCCAAUAAAAUUCAUCCACGCAUCUAUUUUCUGAAACAGCAGGACAGGCGCCUAUCCUGGAAACAAUGGGUGCAGGUGGGAACCAACCCUGGGCAGGGGCCAACACGCACACAACCACAGGACCAAUUAAGAAACACCAAUCAACCUGCCCUGCAUGCUUUUGAACUGUGUGGGGUAGCCGAAGCCCCUGGUGAAAACCCACUCGAACAUGAGGAGAACGUGCAAACUGCACGCAGAAAGUUCCAGGGAGAACUGGACCCAGAAAAUAUAACACAGCAUUACUACAACCAACCUUCCAAAGAAUUCGGAAAAAGAAAAAAAACGGUUGAUUAAUAUUUUUGUACUGAUCCUUCACUUGCCAAAAAUGAACCAUGAGGAUGUUGAUAAUAUCAUUUGGUCACUGGGCAAACAUAAAAUUCAUAUAAAAUUCACCAAAUCACAAUUUUGGAUUUUUGCUACAAUACU